AUGCUGCAACAUUGUCACCCAACAAGUCCAAUUUCAAAGCAGCUACCUCCAUUUCCUCAAUGUUUUCAGAAGCAAAAGUUUGAUUCUCAAUUCAAGAAAUUUCUAGAUAUGUUGAAGCAGUUGCAUAUCAACAUCCCACUUGUAGAGGCACUUGAGCAAAUGCCUAACUAUGUGAAAUUCAUGAAAGAUAUUCUUACAUGGAAGAGAAGGUUGGGAGAAUUUGAGACAGUGGCUCUUACGAAGGAAUGUAGCUCAUUCUUGCAAAACAAGAUGCCACCGAAGAUGAAAGAUCCUGGGAGUUUCACCAUUCCAUGCACCAUUGAUAGAUCUCUUGCUUAUCCAUAUGGGAAGAUUAAGGAUGUCUUGGUAAAAGUUGAUAAGUUCAUUUUCCCAGUUGAUUUCAUUGUGUUGGAUUAUGAGGCAGACAGGGAGGUACCAAUCAUUCUAAGGAGGCCUUUUCUAGCUACUGGUAGAACUUUGAUUGACGUGCAAAAGGGUGAACUUACUAUGAGGGUUCAAGAUGAGCAGGUGAAUUUCAAUUUUUUCAAGGCUAUGAGAUUUCCAGAUGAGGUUGAAGAGUGUUCUAUUGUUUCACUGGUAGAUUCUUUGGCUUCAAAGGAGUUAGAAAAUAAUUUUGAUGAUCCUCUAGAGAGACUCUUGAUGUUUGAUUCACAUGUAGAGGAUGAGGAUGAAUACUUGGCUUGGCUAGAGCUAGUUCACAAGGAUUGCAUACAAGAAAGCAUUUUGAAUCUUUGGAGCUCUCUUCAAGGCCUUUUGCAUCCCCUAAACCAUCAGUGGAAGAGCCUCCGAAGUUGGAAUUAA